CCUGCGGCGCCGCUUCCGCCGCGCCCGGGCCAAUGAGCGCGUGCGGCCCCGCGAGCCCGGCCGGGCGGGGACAGCGCGGGCGGGCAGCGGGGACAGCGCCGAGGUGGCUGGUACCUGGCACCAACAUUCUCCACUUGGCUCCGUGGCUGUGAGGAAUGGCUAUGGAAGAUCCUGACAGGAAGACUGAAGUGGUACUGCUGGCCUGUGGGUCCUUCAAUCCCAUCACCAACAUGCACCUGAGGCUCUUUGAGCUGGCUAAAGACUACUUCCAUGAAACAGGAAAAUACAAAGUAAUCAAAGGCAUCAUUUCACCAGUGGGUGAUGCAUAUAAGAAGAAAGGUCUGAUCAGUGCGAAUCACCGAGUGACUAUGGCAAAACUGGCUACAAAAAACUCAGAUUGGGUGGAAGUCGAUGAUUGGGAAAGCUGCCAGAGCGAGUGGUUGGAAACGCUAAAAGUUUUAAGGUAUCAUCAUCAAAAACUUUUAUCUGCUGACGUCACUAAUAGUCUGCAGGAUGCUGUACCCGUAACAAAGCUGGGACGGAAGAGAAAACAGCAACCAAAUAGGCAUGAGCCCAUUAAAAAGAAAAAUCAGAGUCCAGUUGUAAAAAGUGUCCCACAGGUUAAACUGCUUUGUGGCAGUGACAUGCUGGAAUCUUUUGGGAUCCCCAAUCUGUGGAAGUUGGAGGACAUCACCGAAAUUGUGGAGAAACAUGGCCUUGUGUGUAUCAGUAGGGCUGGAAACAAUGUUCAGAAAUUCAUCUAUGAAUCUGAUAUUUUGUGGAAACAUAAGAAUAACAUUCACCUUGUGGAAGAAUGGAUCACAAAUGAUAUUUCCUCCACCAAGAUCCGGAGAGCCCUGCGGAGGGGUCAGAGCAUUCGUUACCUGGUGCCUGACGUAGUUCGGGCAUAUAUCGAGAAGAACGAGCUGUACAGCCCGGAGAGCGAGGACAGGAAUGCUGGGGUGGUCUUGGCUCCCUUACAGAAACAUGCAAGUGACUCCAAGAACUCAUAGGCACUAAACAACUAACUUACUGUCUGCUGUGUAAAAAAACUACAUUUCAGUACAGGAAAGUGUGUUUUCUAGGGGUUGGUUUGGGGUUUUUCUUAGGCAAAUAGCGGGCUAAUUCUGUACAUCUGUAGUUACUGAUGAGGUUUUUUGCACUCAGCAAUUGGACCUACACAACCUUUUCCAAGUCCAAUAAUUUCCAGGAUUUUCACAUUUAAACGUUUUGUCCCAGUGCAUUGAAGUGAGUAUAAGAAUUCACAUCGGCAUAUGAAAACUGCAAAUGUUUAAGCAAAACAAAUGAAAAUGUUCUGAUUAGUUUUAACUCAAACUGCUCUGCUGUUUAUAAAACAGUUACACAAAUAUUUUUAAUAACUUACAGUGUCUUAACAAAAUUAUCUGGUUUCAAGAUGUACCAUUUACUUAGAGUAAAUCCAUGUAAUUUUGGUGGUUUUUUUUUUUUUAAUUGUCAGUGUGUGAUUCACCUCAAAAAAAUUAUUUAGCUCUAUCCUGGAAGGGAAGAAUUUCUUCUUGGCUGAAGUGGUGCUAGGUACACCAUGCUUUGAGCUGCUUGCCUUUGAGAUAUGCAGCUGCUUGUUUGCUGUCAUGCAAUUUGCUUCCUGAAAUGUCUUGGGCUUUACUUUUCCGUUGAUAUUUCCAGGGCUGUAAUGUUAAGCUCAGUAUUGUUUCUGAUGGAAGGACAAACCUACCUCAGAAACUGGUUUAAAGCCAUUGAUUUAAUAGAUAGAAAUUAAAAAGUGUCAUUGCACUGAU